AUGAUGCAGAAGCUUGUCCGUUCACACAACGCCACCAACAAGCACUGGAUCGUCAUCUAAGGAUUUUACUACUUUUUUGACGCACGAUGCCACCGAAGACUAGCGGAAAAGCAGCCAAGAAGGCCGGUAAGGCCCAGAAGAAUAUUACGAAGGGAGAUAAGAAGAAGAAGCGCAGGAGGAAGGAGAGUUACGCAAUCUACAUCUACAAAGUCUUGAAGCAGGUUCACCCAGACACUGGUAUUUCCAGCAAGGCAAUGAGCAUCAUGAAUAGCUUCGUCAACGACAUUUUUGAACGCAUUGCUGCUGAAUCUUCACGUCUUGCUCACUACAACAAACGAUCUACCAUCACGUCUCGGGAGAUCCAAACUGCGGUGAGGCUUCUUCUGCCUGGUGAACUUGCCAAGCACGCUGUUUCUGAAGGAACCAAGGCUGUCACCAAAUACACCAGCUCUAAGUGAGCGGCUUCUUCAACAACCAUCGGCCCUUUUCAGGGCCACAAAACAUUUCACCAUGAAAGAAUGAUUCUAUUGUAAUCGAAGCAUUAUACAAUAAGUGAAAUAUACAUGUAAAUACGGUUCCCUUUUGUCGUACAGAUCGCAGCAAAACAAUGCAUGUAUCUUACCCAUUAAACUUGAAAAAAUAAACCAAGAUUACGACAAAGCACCCAAAAACUUGAAGGUAACAACCGUUGUGGGUAUUGUAGUCCUUUAGUAAUGUCGUUCAAAGUCACACAAAACAUAAACGGAAUGUUGGUAUCCAAAAUCUAAAUAAAAAUGUUUUAAUGGUGAGGAUAUCGUGGGUUUGGAUGAUAAUUUGAUGCUUUUCGAAGUAAUAAUACUCCUUGUCCAUUAAUUUAUGAAUAAUGCUAGGUAGAUUUUUGUACUCAAAUUUAAUGUUUGAAUAUAAUUUCCAAUCGAAUAAUAUUGACACAGUGAUAACGCCAUUGCACUGAUUUUCCAUAAUAAUUUCUACAAUAAACUUCAAGUAAUCAUUAACUAAAAUAUUAACAAUAAAUAGAAAAACUGAAUAAGGUUAUUCAAUUACAGGGUCUUACUCUAACGUAAUCAAGAAUUAUCAAAUUAGCAACUUCUAAAGCGAUAGUUUUAAACAUUGCACCGCAAUGGCAUCUCCUUUGUAUCGAUUUAAUUGUCUCAAUAAAUGUAAUUUGGGCUGUGUA